AUGGUGUACGAAACAUCGUACGGCACUGGGCUAAAGCCCUUUUCUCCCGAUCUAAAUCGUGGGAAGUGGGAGAAACCCACGGACUAUAUAUUUGCCUGCUUUGGGUUAGCUCUGAAGCUUGAUGUUUUUGCAGCCUCGUACUGGUAUUUCUUUGAAUUGGGCAUUCUUGGAAUAUUGCCGUACUUUGUCUAUAUGGUGAUAUAUUUAGUUCCCAUCAUGGUCGUUCACUCCUUUAUGGGGCAGUUCUCCAGCAGUGGCUUUAUCUCCGCCUUUCGGGUGUCACCUUUCUUUAAAGGCAUGGGAUAUGUGAGCGCUUUUCUAACUAUCUCAAUGCUCAUUUACUACAGCAUUUUUGCUGCUAUUCCGCUACUCUUCAUGCUCAAUUCUUUUCGGCCCACUUUACCUUGGAGCUGUGAAGGCUUUAAAUCGUGGCAUAAUGCGUCCAGUGGGCAAUCAACCAUUUGUAACAUUACAGAGAUUUUUGAUGAAAACGUAAACGAUACAAAUUUUUACAGCACUGCACUUCAUGUACCUUCCGUUCUUUACUUUGAAAACCACUUCAGUGAAGAAAUAGGAUAUCCGGAGCAGGAAUUUGAGCUAUCCUGGCAUUUUCUGGGUCUUUUCCUUUUGGCUUGGGCGAUAAUUGGACUUAUUUUUUACAAAUUCUCGGAAACGGAGAAGUUUGGAAAAUUUAUACGCUACAUGGUGAUUGGGACCCUGGUACUUCUUUUAGUGUGCUUUGUGCGCUUCCUCUUUCUCCCCGGAGCUCUUCUGGGGCUAAACAAAUAUAUGACACUAGAUUCAGAGCACUUAGCUAUGGGAAGUGUCUCGACAUUUAUAAUAGCCCUACAAGCGUUUGGAGCUGGAUGGGGCAGCGUAAUAGCGCUCUCCAGUUUUAAUGGGUUCAAGACUGACAUAAUGUCGUAUAGUUGGAUUAUUUCCUUUGGACAGAUCUUUAUUUUCAUUAUGUUUGGGUUGGUUUCCUUCAUGCUGGAUCACUAUUUCAAAGAGCUCGGUGAUGCUACCACCUUUGUGUUGAAGGAUUGGAUGUUGUUUUUGUCCGGUGCCUCUGUCAUAUCAACAAUGGGUUGGGCGAAUAUGUGGACUUUUAUUUACUAUACUAUGUUAUUCAUGGCUGCUCUUAUUGUGAUGACGACGCAAAUUUUCACAAUUCUGCAAAGUUUGUUUGACGAGUUUGAAAAACUAAGAGAGAGAAAGCAGGAGGUAACAUUCGGUCUGAUUGGUGGCCUUGCAUUAUGUUCACUUAUAUUUUGCACGAACCAUGGUAUUUCUUUCUUUUUUGCUCUUGGUAGUGAUGCCCUUGUCUCACACAGUCUACUUCAUCUACUGCUUAUUUUGGUGGUUUUGUGGAUCUACGGCCGACAACGUUUCCAGCGGGAUAUUGAGUUUAUGUUGGGGCAGCCCUUUGCUUCCUGGAAGGUUUUCAUUCUUCGAUUCAUAGCUCCAAUUAUUUUAGUGCUUUGUCUGCUGGUAGGAGUAGGUUUGACCUUCAUCAGCCACUUCUCAGCAGUGAUCAUUGUGAUAUCAUUUAUACUGGUGUGGCUACCAAUUCUGGCAAUACCUGGCUAUGGAUUUUACUACCUGUUCCAGAGCACUGGCACCUUCUGCGACCGCUUUAGACGCACCUGUCGACCCACCGAUUGGUAUCCGGUUGAGAUGGAGCACCGCCAGCAGUACGAGGAAGCUGUAGGAAACACUGAGAUGACCCACCAGCUUUUCGAAGUUACCGAGGAGGUGAAUUAA